AUGGAGUGUCAGCCGAGCGAUAGUAAACAAGUAUUUAAAGUGUUCGAUGCAUCCAAGCGCAAGAGGACGAGGAAGAAGCGGGACGGUUACGAAGACAGCAACUCUGUAGCCACUGACGAGUCGGUUGGGGUUUGCCACGGCAAUGGCCGAUGCAUAACUUCGGCAAAAGCGAGCCUUCAAGAUUUGCCAGGAGAUUUAGCACACGACGUUAAGUCUACCAAAAGAGACCGCGACAGCAGUCCCUCUGUGUCCCAUGCUCCGACUGAUCAGCAUCGCACAAGAUCACCUCGAAGGCAUCGAAGAUCUGCGAUGAAGGAAGACGCUUCACUGGCUUUAAAACCAGAGUUUAUUUCAACUCCUCGGUCAUUGUCGCCCUUGCAGGACGGCGUACUAGAACUUCCGAAAGAACAAGACUCUUUCAUCUACGCGUUUUUGGAAGAAGCUAUUAAACGAGAUAAAAAGAAACCGAAAGAAAAAAGUCGUUCACCGGUCGAUCAGACUGCACUCCUAGAAACGUUUGCAAAAUUGUGCGCUCAAAUGUCUGAAAAGACGGCGAAGUGUGAAUCCAAGCACAUGGCUCGCACUCAAAGCCACAAAUCUCUGCAGUGUGAAGUGCUUUCUAGAAAAGAGUCGUACGACGUCGAACGUAGACAAACUCGGCUCAACAGUCGAGAACAAUCACGAGAUGUGUCCCCUUCUUAUACUAGAAGCUACGAAAAUUUCCGAUCAAAAGUUCGAAGUCGUGAUAACAUCGCUGCCCUCGAUAGAAAAGACAAAUGUCCCUGUUGCCCAAAAGAUAAAGAGACGCCGCGGUAUACAAGCAAACUUGACAUCGGUAGGAGCAAGAUUCUCGAUCAAGAAAGAUACGCUGAGUGUGGCCCUGAUCCUAUUGCAACUAGACCCUCAGUGGACGACUACUAUAGAGCUGGUCGGGGACGUAGAUCAUACAAGGAGUAUGAUGAGAGAGACCGACUCUACUACAAUGAUAGGCUGUGCUGUGAACAAAAGGCCAGUAGGAGCUUUGAAGUGCAGAAAGGUCAUGACGAUGAUAAGUUCAGACGCUCAGCGAGAAGCGAUUUUCUUAAAGAUAAAGAGUAUGAAGACUUCAAGCGGAGACUGGAUGACAGACAUGGUAGACAACGGUAUUACGACGAUAAGAAUCGAGAACGCAGCUUUGCCCAAGUGCCUAGUAAGGAGAGGCGACCCAGGCGUAAUGUUGAGCGUUUCGACAGAAGUUCUAUUGCUUCGAGAGACGAAGAUUAUAAGGAACGUGAAAGGUAUUCAGAGCGAGAAAGAGAUUCAGGUUUGAGCGUGGCGGAUGGUGAGACUAGUACCAUCAGUGGGAGGAGCAAUUACUUAAAAGUGGUAAAACAAGAGAUAUCAGAACAGCGGGAGGCAAUGGAUAAAAUGAUGCGAUUGUGGAAGGAGCUUAUGCGGUGUUUCAAAGGCGUCUCCGAAACACCGUGCCGUGACAAAGAUAGUCAUCAAGAAUCAGCUGAGAAUAUGCAAGAAUCGGCUGCAGCGCAACUGCGUCUGUGGCGUGAAUGUAUGAGACGAUAUGAGACUGUGGCGAGGGACGUUGGGGACACAGAUGCCAGGCUAAUGGAAGAAAUAAAUAAACAAAGAAGUGAGAUGGCAGAAAUGGCCAGUAUGUGGCAAGAGUGUCUACAGCGGUACCGAGACAUGAGCAACGACUUCAACAAUCUCAAGCAACAGUUGGCGACUUCAGAAAGUCCCACGCGACCGCCCCAACCGCCUUUGGUGUGCGCGGAGGGCGAAGGUGUACCACCACCGGCGCAAUAUCGAAUUCCACCAGUUGGUUACCCCCAGAUGCCUCCCAUCCCACCUUACAGUAUAAACGGAUCACCGCUACGUUCUCGAGCAUCCGCCCCACCAGCUUGGUGGUGGGGUGGCGAGGGUGCAGGGGCUCCGCAACCAGCUCGACGUCGCUCGUCGCCUGACUCUUGCGCGUCCAGGGAAAGGCGACAUCGUCACAAAGAGAGAGAAAGAGAUUCUUCUCGAUAUAAAGAGAAAUCUUCGAAGCCAAGCGGCGCGCGAUCCGAGCACCGUCACCGCAAAAGGUAA